AUGCUCGAUGCAGAUCUGAAUGUCAGUAUGCCGCCAGCGAAACAGAUUGAUUCAAAAGUUGAACCACCGAAGUGUUUUUAUGCGGUGAAAAACAGUGCGGGGCAAGCGAUAAGAAAUGCUCGAGUUGGCGAACUCGUUCAACAUCAAUGGAGCUGUCCUGGCCAGUUGCCAGGAGUGCAUGCUAUGCUGAUAAAAAACUGUUACGCGGAAUCAGGCAACGCUCUUAAAGCAGCAGUUAUCGAUCAAAACGGGUGCACAACGGAUUCAUACAUUUUACCAAAUUUGCAAUACGCAUCGGAUCUGCUCUCAGCAAAAACGCAAGCACCGGUUUUCAAAUUUCCUGACCGAACGAAUAUCGGCUUCCAAUGCGAUGUUGCUAUUUGCCUUCGAAGCAAUCAAGACUGUCAAGCUAUCACACCACCAAAGUGUGGGAGCGUGGCAAGAAGGCGCCGCGAACUCCAACACAACAGUAGCGAGCAGCACAUGGUCAUUCACACGCCAACGAUCAGAAUUGCUGACUUCGACGGCAUCGAUUACGGAUCUCAAAUGCAAAGCCAGAACGAAGGUAAAGAGCGUAACGAGCCCGAAGUAGCUCAGUACUGCCUUACCGUAGCUGCUUAUACAUGUACCAUUGUUAGUGCAACGUUCCUGGUGACCACUUCGGCAGUCAUUGUUGGAGCUUCGUUCUUCACCUCAACAUUUCGGCUAUCACUGUUUUAA